CUCAGAUGCUGCUCCGCAGGUCGCGUCUCACUCGCGCGCGCCAGUCAAGCUCAGCCCGGGCGGUGGGUGGGAAAGAAACCUGCAGGGGAAGGUCUGGGGGUGUGAGGGUGGAGCGGAGCCCGGCCCCGCGAUCCGGCCCGGGUUUUACAUGCCACCCACACGCCCGCUCGGCCGCGGAGAAUUCCAUAAUCACAGCGGGCGAGAGCGGAGACUGGGAGCGAAAAAUCCGGGAUCAGGCAACUUUGGGCAGCGCAUGCGCGCCCGCGGCGCUCCAUCCCAAACACACACACAUUUUUCCCCCGGACUUGGAAAGUCACCCAAAGCCGCCCCAAGUGCAGGCAGACAGACCUCACUGGGUGAAAGCAAAGAUCCUCUCCGCCCCACCUGCCUUUGCUGCUGUCACGGCAUUGACCCCGCCUGUAAGAAGGUGGUCCUGCAGCUCCAGUGGUGUGUGUUGGAAUGGACUUCGGAUCCCGGCUUCUUGGGAUGCAAAGGAUGAAGUGACACCCAUACUGCCAGAGAGGAGCCUCCAGGACCGGCGACAAGAGUUUGGGACCAAAGAGAGGAGAAUGGAUCUUGGUACAGCUGAAGGCACCCGGUGCUCCGACCCGCCCGCAGGCAAGCCCGCGAUGGCGGCCAAACGCAAAGGCGGCCUGAAGCUCAACGCCAUCUGUGCCAAGCUGAGCCGCCAGGUGGUGGUGGAGAAGGGGGCCGAGGCCGGCUCCCGCGCCGAGGGCAGCCCGCUGCGGCCCCGGGACAAAGAGCGAAGUGGCCCCGAGGCGGGGGUGGCGCGCGCCCCCCGCAGCGAAGAAGACAAGAGGCGGGCGGUGAUCGAGAAGUGGGUCAACGGGGAGUACAGCGAGGAGCCGGUGCCCGUGCCCAUGCUGGGGCGGAUCGCCCGGGAGGGCCUGGAGCUGCCCCCCGAGGGCGUCUACAUGGUGCAGCCCCAGGGCUGCAGCGACGAGGAAGACCAUGGUGAAGAGCCCGCCAAGGACGGCACCGUCGUGGAGGAGAAGGACUCGGACGGGGCAGCCUCCAAGGAUGACAGUGGCCCCACUGCCAAGCAGGCUUCAGGAGAGGCCUCCUCGCUGCGGGACUACGCGGCCUCCACCAUGACCGAGUUCCUGGGCAUGUUUGGCUACGACGACCAGAACACGAGGGAUGAGCUGGCCAGGAAGAUCAGCUUCGAGAAGCUGCACGCGGGCUCCGCCCCCGAGGCCGCCACCUCCUCCGUGCUGCCUGCCUCCGAGGACGCCCUCAGCAAGCGGGCGCGCUUCUCCAAGUACGAGGAGUACAUCCGCAAGCUCAAGGCCGGCGAGCAGCUGUCCUGGCCGGCCCACGGUGCCGUGGCUGAGGCCCGGGCCGGCAAGGAGGGGGUGGGCCCGCUGCCGGGCCUGCGGCUGCCCAGCAGCACCACGCACCUGGAGACCAAGGCCACCAUCCUGCCCCUGCCCUCCCACAGCAGUGUCCCCAUGCAGGGCCUGGUGGCCCGAGCCUCCAAGUACGACUUCUUCAUCCAGAAGCUGAAGACGGGCGAGACCCUGCGGCCCCAGAACGGGAGCGCCUACAAGAAGCCGUCCAAGUACGACCUGGAGAACGUCAAGUACCUGCACCUCUUCAAACCCGGGGAGGGCAGCCCCGACAUGGGCGGGGCCAUCGCCUUCAAGACGGGCAAGGUGGGCCGGCCCUCCAAGUACGACGUCCGGGCCAUUCAGAAGCCCGGCCCCGCCAAGGGUCUGCCCACCCCCAGCCUGGCUCCUGCACCCCUUGCCAGCGUGCCCACCGCUCCCAGCGCCCCCGGACCGGGUCCCGAGCCGCCUGCCUCCCUGCCUUUCAACAGUCCCGAGUACCUGAAGUCAACCUUCUCCAAAACAGACUCCAUCACCACGGGAACCGUCUCCACCGUCAAGAACGGAUUGCCCACAGAUAAACCAGCUGUCACCGAAGAUGUAAACAUUUACCAGAAAUAUAUUGCCAGGUUCUCAGGCAGCCAGCACUGCGGCCACAUCCACUGCGCCUACCAGUACCGCGAGCACUACCACUGCCUCGACCCCGAGUGCAACUACCAGAGGUUCACGAGCAAGCAGGAUGUGAUCCGUCAUUACAACAUGCACAAGAAGCGCGACAACUCCCUGCAGCACGGCUUCAUGCGCUUCAGCCCGCUGGACGACUGCAGCGUCUACUACCACGGCUGCCACCUCAACGGGAAGAGCACCCACUACCACUGCAUGCAGGUGGGCUGUAACAAGGUGUAUACGAGCACGUCGGACGUGAUGACCCACGAGAACUUCCAUAAGAAGAACACCCAGCUCAUCAACGAUGGUUUCCAGCGUUUCCGAGCCACCGAGGACUGCGGCACGACCGACUGCCAGUUCUAUGGGCAGAAGACCACGCACUUCCACUGCCGGCGCCCCGGCUGCACAUUCACCUUCAAGAACAAGUGUGACAUCGAGAAGCACAAAAGCUACCACAUCAAGGACGACGCCUACGCCAAGGAUGGCUUCAAGAAGUUCUACAAGUACGAGGAGUGCAAGUACGAGGGCUGCGUGUACAGCAAGGCCACCAACCACUUCCACUGCAUCCGCGCCGGCUGCGGCUUCACCUUCACCUCCACCAGCCAGAUGACCUCGCACAAGCGCAAGCAUGAGCGCCGGCACAUCCGCGCCUCUGGCUCAGGUGUGCUGGGGCUGCCGCCCUCGCUGCUGGGCGCCAAGGACACGGAGCACGAGGAGUCCAGCAACGACGACCUGGUCGACUUCUCUGCCUUGAGCAGCAAGAACUCCAGCCUGAGCGCCUCCCCCACCAGCCAGCAGUCCUCCGCCUCCCUGGCCGCCGCCACAGCCACCUCCGAGGCAGUGCCCGGCGCCACCAAGCCUCCCAACAGCAAGAUCUCGGGGCUCCUGGCCCAGGGCCUGCCUGGCUCCAUCCCCCUCGCGCUGGCCCUCUCCAACUCGGGGCUGCCCACCUCCGCAUCCUACUUCCCCAUCCUUCCGGGCCGAGGCAGCGCCUCCCUGCCUGUGGGGGCCCCCGGCCUCAUGGGUACCAUGUCGUCUGGAACAGUAGCCUCGGUGACCCCCGACACGCCUGCCCUGGCUGCCUCGGGAGCUGGCGACUCGGCCCCAGCGGCGGCGGCGGCAGUGGCGGCCACCUCUGUCCCGGUGCCCCCCGCCUCCAUCAUGGAGAGGAUCUCUGCGAGCAAGGGCCUCAUCUCGCCCAUGAUGGCCCGCUUGGCUGCGGCCGCCCUCAAACCCUCUGCCACCUUUGACCCAGGAAACGGGCAGCAGGCCACCCCGGCCAGGUUCCCCCCAGCCCAGGUGAAGCAGGAGCCCGGUGAGAGUGCUGGCGCCCCAGGUCCCCACGAGGCCUCCCAGGACCGCAGUUUAGACCUGACUCUGAAGGAGCCCAGUAAUGAAUCAAAUGGCCACGCAGUCCCGGCAAAUUCAUCUCUUUUAUCCUCGCUUAUGAAUAAGAUGUCUCAGGGCAACCCCAACCUCGGCGGCCUGUUGAACAUUAAGACGGAAGUGGAGGGGAGCCCCGGUGGGGAAUCCUCCCCCUUCCUGGGCAAGGCCGUGAAGGCGCUGGUUCAGGAGAAGCUGUCGGAGCCCUGGAAGGUGUACCUUCGCAGGUUUGGCACCAAGGACCUGUGUGACGUCCAGUGCGACUUCCUUCACAAGGCCCACUUCCACUGCGUGGUGGAGGAGUGCGGCGCGCUCUUCAGCACCCUGGACGGGGCCAUCAAGCACGCCAACUUCCAUUUCCGGACAGAGGGAGGAGCAGUGAAGGGCAAUGCAGAGGCUUCCUUCCCGGCCUCAUCGGCUGAGACCAAACCCUCCUUGGCCCCCGUGUCCCCUCCAGCACCUCCCGUCACCGCGGCCACCGUUUCCUCUCUGGAGGGGCCCGCUCCCAACCCAGCCGCCGUGCCCUCCACCCCCACCCUGCUCGCCUGGAAGCAGCUGGCUUCCACCAUACCCCAGAUGCCUCAGAUUCCAGCGUCAGUGCCUCACCUGCCCACUUCACCCUUGGCAACGACUUCUCUAGAGAACGCCAAGCCCCAGGUCAAACCCGGAUUCCUCCAGUUCCAGGAGAACGAUCCUUGCCUCGCAACGGACUGCAAGUAUGCCAACAAGUUCCACUUCCACUGUCUCUUUGGGAACUGCAAGUACGUCUGCAAAACCUCUGGCAAGGCCGAGUCCCACUGCCUGGACCACAUCAACCCCAACAACAACCUGGUGAACGUGCGAGACCAGUUUGCUUACUACUCCCUGCAGUGCCUCUGUCCCAACCAGCACUGCGAGUUCCGGAUGCGCGGGCACUACCACUGUCUCCGGAGCGGCUGCUACUUUGUGACCAACAUCACCACCAAGCUGCCGUGGCACAUAAAGAAGCAUGAGAAAGCCGAGCGGCGGGCAGCCAACGGAUUCAAGUACUUCACCAAGCGUGAGGAGUGCGGCAGGCUAGGCUGCAAGUACAACCAGGUGAACAGCCACUUCCACUGCAUCCGCGAGGGCUGCCAGUUCUCCUUCCUCCUCAAGCACCAGAUGACCUCCCACGCCCGGAAGCACAUGCGGAGGAUGCUGGGGAAGAACUUCGAUCGCGUGCCCUCCUCCCAGGGCCCCCCGAGCCUGAUGGACACGGAGACGGACGAGUACAUGGAUUACACCGGCUGCAGCCCGGGCGCCAUGUCCUCCGAGUCCUCCACCAUGGACCGCAGCUGCUCCAGCACCCCCGUGGGCAACGAGAGCACCGCGGCAGGGAACACCAUCUCCAUGCCGACAGCCUCCGGGGCCAAAAAGCGCUUCUGGAUCAUCGAGGACAUGUCACCGUUUGGCAAGCGGCGCAAGACGGCCUCCUCGCGCAAGAUGCUGGACGAGGGCAUGAUGCUGGAGGGCUUCCGGCGCUUCGACCUCUACGAGGACUGCAAGGACGCGGCCUGCCAGUUCUCGCUCAAGGUCACCCACUACCACUGCACGCGGGAGAACUGCGGCUACAAGUUCUGCGGGCGCACGCACAUGUACAAGCACGCGCAGCACCACGACCGCGUGGACAACCUGGUGCUGGACGACUUCAAGCGCUUCAAGGCCUCGCUCAGCUGCCACUUCGCCGACUGCCCCUUCUCGGGCACCAGCACGCACUUCCACUGCCUGCGCUGCCGCUUCCGCUGCACCGACAGCACCAAGGUCACGGCGCACCGCAAGCACCACGGCAAGCAGGACGUGAUCAGCGCCGCGGGCUUCUGCCAGUUCAGCUCGAGCGCCGACUGCGCCGUGCCCGACUGCAAGUACAAGCUCAAGUGCUCGCACUUCCACUGCACCUACCCCGGCUGCCGCCACACGGUCGUGGGCAUGUCGCAAAUGGACUCGCACAAGCGCAAGCACGAGAAGCAGGAGCGCGGCGAGCCGCCCGCCGCCUCCCCCGGCGCCGAGGGCUCCGCUCCCGGCCCGGCCGCCUGCCUGGACGGCGCGCCCCCGCCCGGCGCCGAGCCCGCCGCUGCCGCCGCCGCCCUGCUCUUUCUGCCCGCGGCCGCCGCUGCCGCUGGCGACCCCGGCCCGCCCGACGCUCCCGGGCCCCGCGCCGGCCCCGCCGCGCCCGCGCCCGGCCCCGCGGCCGGCGAGUCGUCGCAGGAGGACGACGAGGAGGAGCUGGAGCUGCACGAGGAGGAGGCGGACGACGACGAGGACGACGACGACGAGGACGACGACGAGGACGACGACGAGGAUGAGGACGACGACGAGGACCUGCGCACCGACUCGGAGGAGUCGCUGCCCGAGGCCGCGGCGGGGCCGCGGAGCCCGGAGCUGGCGGCCCUCGGCGCCCCCGCGCCCCCCGGGCCCGCGCCCGCCGCCGCCUCCCCGUAGCGGCCGGGCGGUGGCGCGAGGGGGGCCGGCGGCGCCCGGCGCCCGCGGGGUCUCGCCUCCUUAUUGUCCUCUUGCUGUGCAUUUUGUAAGAAACGGUAUUUAUAUGUCAGGCUUCCCUUGUACAGAGCUAGGUGUGCGCCGCGGUUCCGGCGUCGGGAGGCGCUCCGGGCUCGGGGCCCCCGCCGGUGCUUCCGGACCCCGAGUCCGUCUCAGGACAGAGGCGGGGGCCUCCCUCUGGUGCUCCGGGGCCGCCCCGCGCCCGCCCGCCCGCGUGGCAGCCCAGCGGCCGGAAGGACAGAGGCUGCUGGUGACCGUCCUCCGGCCGCAGUUCGGGGAUCUUCUUCAGGGAAACAGAAGGUGCUCUUGUCCGGGGCGGGAACGAGGAGCGGGGGGUCCCGGAGGGCGAGGCAGGCGCCGAGCCCGGGCGGCUGCCCCGAGCGCCCUCCCCGCGCCGGACCCCGCGCCCCACGCCCGCGCCGGUGGGAUUUCUCAUUGCUCAGGGCUGGGCCGGGCGCGGGGUCGCCGGCACCGGCAGCACCUGGCAGGGCCUCCCGUUCGUGCAGCUAAGACCCUCCCUCCCUCCUGGCCCUGGGGGUGGGCGGGGCGGAAGGCGUGAGCACGGGUGACACUACAGGGACCGCGGAGGGAGCCUCCUGGCGAUGGCAGCGCUGGCAGCCCCGGGUUGCUCGGCCGUCGCGGCGGGGCCCGGCCCGGGCAUCUGCUCCGAGGGCUGGGGCCUCCCGGCCCGCGCUGUGCUCGUUCACAGAGGGAAGAGCAGCUGGUGCUGGGGCGCUGGGCCCGCAGGGGGUCUCAGCCACACAGGUGGUGAGAACAGGAAGGAUGCGACUGUUUGGGGCUUUAAUAUUCAACAUAGGAAAAAAAAAAAGCGAGAAAGUUGUACAGUAUUUUUCCUGUAAAGGUUAUUAUUCUACACAGAACAAAAGAAAAAAGCAGGCGGGCGGCUAGAGCCCAGACCCGCCUCCGGACCAGCCCUGAGGUUGGAGACCUGAGUGCAAUUGCUCACGUGGGAUUUUGUUUAGGUUUAGUUUAGAGGCCUUACCAGGUUGAGGCUGUCCGUCUUUACACUAGCACUGAUGGGAGCUGUGUGAUUCCAACUUUUAACUUGAAUUUUGUAGAGACAAGAAAAAAGGACUAUUAUUGUUGAUACAAGUUUGUAGUUAAUUUAACAUUUGAGUUUUUCUCUUGGUUAUGCGUGUGGCUUUAUAGGGCUUCCCCCCCACCCCCGUUUGUUUUAUUUUGUUUGGGAUACUUCUUUGCUGAUGCAACCCACCUGGAUUUGGUUCUCUUUGCAAAAUACCCCCCCACCACAUACACACACCCACUGCCCCUCCCAGCAAUGAGGUCCCUGAGCCCAGAGCGGGGGACGUGACCCCACUGGCAGGUACACACACACCUGGCCAGUGGCUCCAAGCGCGACAGGGACCGAGGGGGACUGCCCAAGGCCCCUCCUGUUCCCGUUCUCUCCACUCUGGGCCACCAGUCCUGUCUCAGGGUGGACCCUGUGUGAUGUGGCCACAGGGAGCACUCAAGGCCUAGCCUGAGGGACAGACUGUCACUCAGAGCCUCCUCCCCAUAGGUCUCCAGGCCAGACCCAGCUGGGGAUAGGGGGAAGGGGCAGUGGCUUUUUCUUUUUCCUUUUUUUUUUUCUUUUUUUUUCUUUUUUUUUUUUUUUCCUCUUGGCUGCCCACAGCCAGAAAGCCAGGACCAUCUGAACUGGAGAGGGAGCCGGGAGGGAGGAGUGGUCAGACAGAGUGUACCUGAUUCAAAAGGAAACACAUGGUUUUCUAGAACAGCCCCUACCAGAGCCUCCUGAAUUCUGUGGGCACCACGUGCUGCUGCUGAGCAUUCGCCCAGACUUUGUGCCCGACCACAGAACCGGGGAGUCUGUGGAAGGAGUUUUGUAAAGGAGAAAAAAAAAAAAAUUUUUUUUCAAUGUAGCAAAAUCAAAACAAAAAAAAGAAAAAAGAAAAAAAGAAGAUGCCGACAGUGCGAAGUCUAGCCUUUUGUAACCUUCAUAUUGCACACUAGGACUAUAAGCCAUUGCUAGCUCAUUUUGAAUUUUAACGUGUAAUUUUUGUUUUAUUUUCUUUCCGUGGGGAAAACAAUGCUUGAUCCACCAAUGCUCUUUUUAAUGUUUUAUAACUAUGUAUGUGUAUAUAUAUAAAUAUAAAAUAAUAUGUAUGCACAUAUGUGUGUAUAUAUCUAUAUGUAUAUACAUAUAUAGAUAUAUAGAGAUAUAUAGAGAGGUUUUGAGACGAAAAUGCAAAACGUGAAAACCGAACUGAACAGCGUGUGCUCUGAUUACUUGAAUCUGGUCUCCUCGGCACCUGGUUAUUAAGAACUGAAUAUUUUUCCACUUGAAUUUAGUGCUAUUAGAAAUUUAAUAUAUGUGUUUUAUUUAUUUGAUUUUUUUUUUUUUUGCAUGACUGAUGCAAGGUUUGACAUUUUCACUCAAUAAAAACUGGAAAAAACAUCUAUCAAGUUAGCUUUUAUUUUUAAACUCAGCCCCUAGCGGCCAGGGGUGGCCCAGCUGUGGAGGGCGGCACAGCCAGCAUGGCCGAGCUCCGUGGGCCAAGUUGGGGGGGGGGACGUCGGUCACCCUUCAACCCUGGCAGGGAAGGGGGCAGACCAGCUCUGCCCCUGGGAUGGGACCAAGCUCUCCCAGGUUGCUGGAGACAGAGAGUGGGGGGCUUGAGCCCUGCCUGGCCUCCCUCCCUCCCCAAACCCACCUGAAGUCCCCUCGGAGACUCAGGAGCCGCCGUGGCCGCGGUGGACGGCCUAGAAGCCCUGGGCCCGGACAGGACUCCAGAGGCUCCCAGGCCUGCAACCUGGCCAGCCCCCUCCCCACGCGGCCAGGGCUACCGGGCAGGCACUUGGCAGGGUCAUCCCUCUGCCUCCUCCCUCGGCUCCUUCCUCCUUCCUGCAGGGACCUGCCUGGGCUGGGAACGGCGCGUACCCGGAUCCGAUCCGGAUGCUGGCUCGGCUCCUGCCUGGAGCACGCGGGGGCAGCGCCAAAGGGGGCCAAUUCCUGGGUCUACAGUCACCAGCCCCAGGCCUGAGCCGCCGGCCCUGGUGGCACAGUGGCUGGGGCGCCCUCAGAAGCUGGGCACGAGCGCUCCUGCCAGGCCCCGCCCAGAGCGCGGGCCUCGCCUCACGCUUGACACUUUGAGGUGGUGACCCACUUCUCAUUAAACCUCGUCAACUGUGCCAUCUUGCCAGCCUUGCCCUGAGCCAGGCAGCCAGGCAUCCCAGGGCCCCGGGAGGAGACGUGACGAGUGCAGGGCCUUCCGCCUCAAGGAGGCCCUUGCUGGAUGUCACACCCCUGCAGCGAGCUCACCCCUUUCCUGGGGAGGGACCGAGGGCCUGGGAAAGUGAGGUCCAGCCAGCGCGUCCCCCGGGUGCCACCUGGGCCGCAGAGGGAGUGGGCACGGGGGCUGCCCGGCUCCCGGGGCCCUGCUCACUGUCAUUUCCUCCACAGAAGCCUCGUUUCCAGCCCAACCCGGCACCAAGGGCCCUUCCCUUUCUUCUUUCCUCCUGGAACGCAGCCCACAGGCUAUUUACAUAAAUAUGUUUGUAACAGACAAGAAAAUAUAUACUUUUUUCUGUCUUAUUAAAAUGUUCACGUUGGAACUUG